GCGUAUUUAUCUUUAUUUUGCUUUGUUGCGAUAGGAGAUAGGCUUGCACAUUAGAUGUCUUUCUCUGGAAACGACUACAGUAGGUUUCUAUCUCAAGGGAAUGCACUUGUUCCUCGUGCUUCCAGAUCUCAAUGGACUGUUCCUCGAUCUCAAGGGAAUGCAUCUAGAAACUGUAAUCCACCCUCACCAGCCAGUCAAAACCAACAAGCCGGUCUGUCUCCUCCACCAUCCAAUCCAAACUCGCCUAAUCCAUCUCAUUCAGCUACUCAACCACCAACUGGGCGUCUCAACGAUCUGACAUUGGAGGAGCUCCUUGACAGUCCGGGGCGUCAGUCUCUUCAGAGACUAGAUCCAAAUCGUCCUCCGGGAACUCUUUGGUUUGACAUUGAUGGUUCAGUUGCAGCUUCUGUCCGCAAGAUUUUUGAAAGAGAUUUCAAGGAACCUCAUGCCAAUUGGACACAGACUCCUGAUGCAGUGGUCAAUCGUUGGUAUGAGACUUUUGCGGGAAAGUGGAAGAAUAAAGGUGAUGAGGCAAAGCCUAAAUGGAUUGAUCCUGAAGUGUGGACUGGACUUGUUCGUUUUUGGCGUGAUCCUAAAUCAGAAAUUAGGAUCGGAGUAUCAACAGUAGAAAUGCUCGAUAUCAUGAUCCCGAUGGCCUUGUGUGAGGAGACUGGUGAUUCAACACCAGAUUUUCUGGUGGUUCUUGAGCAAACUCAUCGCAAACCUGAUGGGACUUUCAUUGAUAGAAAGUCAGAGGAGAUCUACAAGGAAGUGUCAUCAAGGAUUGAAGAGGAGGAGUCUCACCUGUUUACAGGGGAUAAUACAGAGAGCUCUGCUUCAGGUGGAUUAUCAGUGGCUGCCAAGAACAAGAUUUAUGCUCAGGUUGCUCCAAGGAAGAAAGGAAGGUUGUAUGGGGUUGGUUCUCUGCAGAAUGAAGCAUCCUCAGUCCAUGUUGGUCCACUGCCUACUCAUAAUGAUCGAGAGGUUCUAUUGGAGAAGCUUGCUGCUGCUGAAGCUCGCAUGUAUCGAGGACCAUCUGAACCGGCAAAUGCAGAAGCCACAAGAACUGCGGAGGGCAACGAGACCGGAGGCGAUCAGACCGGAACCGAUCAGACCGGAACCGAUCAGACCGGCGGAACUGAGACAGGAACUGCUACAUCUCGUGGUGGCCUUUUUGAAGCUUCUGCCAUUGAGAAACAUGAGCAAUGGAUGGCUCGAUUCAAUCGCGUUUACUCUGACGAAUCUGAGAAAAGAAAUCGGUUCGAAAUCUUCAAGAAGAAUUUGGAGUUCGUCCAGAGCUUCAACAUGAAUAAGAACACCACGUACAAGUUGGAUGUCAACGAGUUCUCUGAUCUCACUGACGAAGAAUUUCGGGCCACACACACUGGCCUAGUUGUGCCCGAGGAUAUAACAGGAAUUUCAACUCUGUCUUCGGAUAAAACGGUGCCGUUUAGAUAUGGUAAUGUUAGUGAUACUGGCGAGAGCAUGGAUUGGAGACAAGAGGGGGCUGUUACACCCGUUAAGUAUCAAGGCCGAUGUGGAGGAUGCUGGGCGUUUUCCGCGGUGGCGGCAGUGGAAGGCAUUACAAAGAUUACUAAAGGCGAGCUCGUAUCGCUAUCGGAGCAACAACUCUUAGACUGUGACAGAGACUACAAUCAAGGAUGUCAUGGAGGGAUAAUGUCUAAAGCUUUUGAGUACAUAAUCAAAAACCAAGGCAUCACUACAGAGGAUAACUAUCCAUAUCAAGAAUCACAACAAACUUGUAGUUCAUCAACUACCCUAUCAUCGUCUUUCCGUGCUGCUACAAUCAGCGGAUAUGAGACAGUUCCAAUGAAUAAUGAGGAAGCAUUGCUACAAGCGGUGUCUCAACAGCCUGUUUCCGUGGGGAUAGAAGGGACAGGAGCCGCGUUUAGGCACUACUCGGGCGGGAUAUUCAAUGGAGAAUGUGGGACGGAUUUGCAUCAUGCGGUCACGAUUGUUGGUUAUGGAAUGAGUGAAGAUGGGACUAAGUAUUGGGUGGUGAAGAAUUCUUGGGGGGAAACUUGGGGAGAAGAUGGUUUCAUGAGGGUCAAGAGAGACGUGGAUGCACCCCAAGGAAUGUGUGGUUUGGCCAUGCUUGCUUUCUAUCCACUUGCUUAAAUACAUGAAGAUUGAUUGGGUGUGCUUGAAGUAAUUGAAAAUACUCUGAUCAAUAUGUUAUUUUAAGAAACAUUAUGGUCCCCAUGUUUUUGUGGAAAUGGACUGAUAUUUUUGAUCUGAUGUGGUGGAAGAAUAAAAGCACUAGUAAGAA